UGUGGCUUCCUGUUGUGGUGCAUGGCUCCAAGUCCUUCCAAUGGGGCAGAGUUUAUCUAUCAUCGAAUUAUCCGGCCUUUCUUCCUGAAGCAUGAAGCUCAGCUUGACAGCGUUGUUAAAGAUCUGACAGACAAGGCUGCAGAGACUGCAGAUACCAUUGCUAAAGAAG